AUGAAAUUUAACACGCCUAAGGAGGCAAAAGGUUUCGAUAAUAACUAUAGGCACAUUAAAGGGUUUACAACAAGACAAGGAAAGAAGGUAACAGAUAUUGUCAAAGAGAUUAUUAGGUACACUUUUGUCUGCAAUAGAGAGGGGUUCAGAGAGAAGAAAUGGUUGGAGAAGACUGAUAGAAAGAGGGAGCAUAAAGUGGUAACUUGCUGUGCUUGUGUGGCCGAGAUGAGGAUUAAGAGGAAAGAUGGUAGCGAAAUGUGUCAGUAUGAUUAUGGGGUAAUUGGUGAUGUGCUGGAAUUCGAUGCGACCUACAGGAGGAACAAAUACAAUCUACCCGUAGUGACAGAUGAAUUUAAGGUGAUAUGGGAGGCAAUACUUGACGAGUGUGGCAUGAGGAAGGUUGAAUGGGUACAGGAGUUGUACAGGAAAAAGUAUUCAUGGGCAACUGCUUAUAUUAGAGGAAGAUUCUUUGUAGGGAUUAGAACAACUUCUCGGUGCGAGUCUUUACUUGCCAAACUGGGACGGUUUGUGAAAAGCAGGACUCCGAUCUUGCAAACUCAGUUCAUAGAGUUAGAGAAGUCUAGUGCCACAUAA